AUGGCGGCCGCCGCCCCUGCCACCCUCCCCGUGCAGCCGGCGGAGCAGCCCAGAUUGCUGAAGCUGAAGGAGAUGUUUAUAUCAAAAUUCGGAUCGGUUCCCAAGUUUUAUGUUCGUGCACCAGGGCGAGUCAACUUAAUAGGAGAACAUAUAGACUACUGUGGUUAUGCUGUGCUCCCUAUGGCUAUAGAACAAGAUAUACUGAUUGCAGUAGAGCCUGUAAAAACACAAGUUGUGCAUCUGGCCAAUACAAAUCCUUCUUACCAAGAUUUCAGUACCAGUGCUAAUAACAUUGAGAUUAACAAAACAAAACCUCUAUGGCAUAACUACUUUCUGUGUGGACUGAAGGGUAUUCAGGAACAUUUUGGUCUUAAUAACCCAACUGGAAUGAAUUGUCUGCUAGAUGGAACCAUCCCUCCAAGUUCUGGUCUCUCUAGCUCCAGUGCUUUGGUGUGUUGUGCAGGACUCGUGACACUAAGAGCUAAUGGAAAAACCCUCUCUAAGGUGGAGCUUGCAGAAAUCUGCACAAAGAGUGAACGUUACAUUGGCACAGAAGGUGGAGGAAUGGACCAGUCAAUAUCUUUUCUGGCAGAAGAAGGAACUGCAAAGUUGAUAGAGUUCACUCCUCUGAGGGCAACUGAUGUGAGACUUCCAAGUGGAGCAGCCUUUGUUAUUGCUAACAGUUGUGUUGAGAUGAAUAAAGCAGCAACUUCUCAUUACAAUAUUAGGGUAGCGGAGUGUCGUCUGGCUACAAAGCUUCUCUCAAAGUCAAAAGGCCUGGACUGGAAGAAAAUGUUGAAACUCCAAGAUGUGCAAGUCAGACUAGGAGUCAGCCUGGAGGAAAUGCUGACCAUUGUCGAGGAGGUAUUUCACCCUGAGCCUUACAGCACAGAGGAAAUUUGUAAAUGCCUGGGAAUUAGUCUGGAGGAGCUGCGCACUCAGAUCCUUAGUCAAAACACACGAGAUGUUUCCACCUUCAAGUUAUACCAGCGUGCUAAGCAUGUGUACAGUGAAGCUGCCAGAGUGCUGGAAUUUAAGAAGAUCUGCAAUGAAGCACCUGCCAAUGCGAUCCAGCUGCUGGGAGAGCUGAUGAACCAGAGCUAUAUCAGCUGCAAGGAGCUGUAUGAAUGCAGCUGUCCGGAGCUGGAUCGGCUGGUGGACAUCUGCCUGCAAUUCGGGGCUGUUGGGUCACGCCUGACUGGAGCUGGAUGGGGCGGCUGCACUGUGUCAAUGGUGCCUACUGACAAGCUGAAUAAUUUCCUUAAAAAUGUAGAAGCAGCUUAUUACCAACCCAACAUCCAAAAGGUAGCGCUGGAGAAUAACAGUCUGUUUGCUACCAAGCCUGGAAGAGGAGCUUUAGUUUAUGUUGAGGCCUAACAAAUGUGAAAAGUUUAAAGAAACUCUGUAGGGCAUUUAGAACUGGCAGGACUUCCUAUGCUAGCAUAAAUUCAUCCUUUCCCUUUUCUUCUUCUUUUUUU